CCCCCGAGCCGGCAUAGGUAGCGAGAGGCCGCUGCACCUGCCGGGUAGUGCAGCGAGAGGCCGCCGUCAGUCGCGGGACGCCAGGAAUAGAAGGCUUCUCGCAGAGACUUGACCAUGGCCACAAACAAUAGUGGAGGCAUCUUCAGCUCAGCCUCGCUGGCUGUGGAGUAUGUGGAAUCACUGCUACCCGGGAAUCCACUGCAGGAGCCCUUUAAGAAUGUGUGGGGCUACUUGUUGGAUAACUAUACAAAGUUCCAGAUAGCAACUUGGGGGUCUCUCAUAGUUCACGAAGUCAUCUAUUUCUUGUUCUCUUUACCUGGAUUUUUAUUCCAGUUUAUACCUUUCAUGAAAAAGUACAAAAUUCAAAAGGAUAAACCAGAAACCUUUGAAGGCCAAUGGAAGUGUUUCAAAAAAAUUCUCUUUAAUCAUUUUUUUAUUCAACUGCCUCUGAUUUGUGGAACUUACUAUUUUACAGAGUUUUUCAGUAUUCCUUAUGAUUGGGAAAGAAUGCCAAAAUGGUAUAUGACUUUGGCAAGGUGUUUGGGCUGUGCAAUCAUUGAGGAUACCUGGCACUAUUUCCUGCACAGACUCCUUCACCACAAGAGAAUUUAUAAAUACAUUCACAAAGUCCACCAUGAGUUUCAGGCUCCAUUUGGAUUAGAAUCAGAAUAUGCACAUCCUUUAGAAACCCUGAUUCUUGGGGCCGGAUUUUUCAUUGGCAUUGUGCUUUUGUGUGAUCAUGUAAUUCUUCUCUGGGCAUGGGUGACCAUACGUUUGCUGGAAACUAUCGAUGUCCAUAGCGGAUAUUAUCUUCCUUACAACCCACUGAACUUCAUCCCAUUUUAUGCGGGUUCUCGGCACCAUGAUUUCCACCACAUGAACUUCAUUGGGAAUUAUGCCUCCACCUUCACAUGGUGGGAUAAAAUCUUUGGCACAGAUGCCCAGUAUCAUGCCUACAAUGAAAAGAUGCAGCAGCUUGAGAAAAAGGCCGAGUGAAUACCCUUCGUACACCCUCCUGGAGACAUGUUUUCUCACCUGGAGCUAGCGACUAACAUUGCUUCUGGGGAGCAGAUAUAAGCACGUGACAUGGCUGCUAAGUGAUAAAAUGAACAUUAACAAUCUUCAGUUAUCUUCCAGAUGGGAACUUUCUACUUUCCAUUCAAGUUCUGUAUAUGUGAGGAUAAAUAUAUACAUAUAUAUAUAUAUAUAUAUAUAUAUAUAUAUAUAUACAUAUAUAUAUAUAUGUAUAUAUAUAUUUAAGUACAUGAGGAGGUUUUAAAGGCCAUUUUGCUAACCUCACCGAAAGGUUUCAGGUAUCGGAGGAAGUAUUAAUGUACAACUUAAUCUCUUCAUGCCUCUCGGGGCUGAAGUUGACAUUGCCUUUUAAGCCUUUUAUAUACGCUGGUCAGUUCAAAAAAAUUCUCAAGAAUAAUGUUUGCCUUCUUUAAGACACGGUGUUUCUAAAUUUACCUUAAAUGGAAAUAUCAUGAAGUGACUCCAUCAGCUGAUGAGCGAGUGACUGAAACUGUACUCUAGAUUGGUGUUGACCUGUUUAGGACUCUUCUUUCUGUGAAGGACUUUUUGAUUGUAGUAACUCUACUGGCAUCUUGUAAAUUGACCCAUUUCUUACAUGAUAUACAUAGAAUAUUAUAGUCUGCAGAUUUUCAAAUUCCUUGAGGUGUUUUUUAAAUUGAAGAGCUCCAUUUCCACUCUCCACCCCCAAUGGUUUUGUGUGUCAAAUAUUCAUUGGAGUCUGAUCUUGAGCUUUGUGAAUUCACUUCUCGCUCUGCACCUGGAGCUGACGAAAUAAAUGUGACUUUUGUCUGAUUCUCUGGUUUUCAGUUUUGAAGAUUAGCUGUCAUGUUUUAUUCUUAUAAGGAAAAGCACAGAAACCAUUAAAGUGAGUUUUACAAUAAA